AGAUGUCUGAGCUUAAACUGCCCUUCUUGGGGUCACAGGUGGGAAAUUAGAAUCCUUUACUGAAAAUGCAUUGCUGCUCUGCCCAUUUACUUCAGAAUCGGAUGGAGUGUAGUGGUUGGAUUAUCUGGAAAAAUAGCAGUAGGAUAAUACAGGGAGGAAAAGAAUUUGAGGUAAAAAGCUGCAGUUUCUGCUGAUGAAUUCAGUCCAUUGAGUUCCAGCUUGAGAUGAAGUAGUAGCCAAUGUAAACUGCAGAGGAUGAUACUUGUGUGGUCUUCAUGUAGCAGCUGUAAGGCAGCAGAAGUGGAUAUAAUGAUAAUGCCAUUACCAAUGUCUUGGUGGGCUUUUUGCUGCAUGGGUAGUCAGGUUGGAAAGAUGACAUAUUUCUGUUUCUCCUGUUCUUGCCCAAUAAAUGGGUGUUCAGAGUCAUGUCAUUUACUCCUGCUUUUUAGCAGUGUACAGUUCCUGUUUGGUUUCACAUUUGCCAGCUGUUGGGCAGCUCUUGCCUGAAUUUUACUUGUGGAAGAAUAAAUACACAUUCAAAAAGCUUAAGUGAGAAUUUAAUAUAUUAAGGGAGAACAGAACUCUGCAAGCAGGAUUAUUUUCAAGCCAGUAGUGACUGCAGAUCUCCAUGGCUGAGGCAGGAUCCAGGUGCCACCAGGGGCUGCUGCUGUUCCGUUGUGUGCUCCUGGGUGCUCUGCUGGGACUGUUAAUUGUGUUUGCUUUACUUUAAAGUAACAUUUAGGGUAAUAAUGCCUUGAAGAACAAAAUAACUAACCUUUUAAACUCCUGUUUCUGUCUAUUGAGUGAUUAGCAAUUAAUAAACAUUUUGUACUAAUUUUUUGAUUUAGAGUUCUGUAACCCAUUUUACAGAAGUGGAAAUAUGUGUGACAUCUCCAUGGAAGAACUAACUGUGCUGGAAGGGUGUAUGCAGUUGAGUCCUGAGCUGGCCUCAGACUUGUUCUGGAAGUCUGGAGUACAGAUUCAGUCCUGUCUGUGUAAAGAAGUAAAACAUAGCUAGAGUUUUUGGAUUUCUCUAUAUACAGUGUCUGGGCAGAUUUUAAAUCUGAAACUACUGCUAGUAAUGGUAUGAAUUCUGCAGAGGGUGACAUUGUGGUACUUAGAGCUUUGGAAACAACUGCAGGAUCUUUCUUACUGGGAGACUUGAAGAGCAAAGGGGGAGACUUCCUGCAGGAAUGUGAUACAGGUGUGUCACUUCACAUAGGUGUGUAUUGGAGAUAAUAUAGUGAGUGCUCUUCUCGAGGAACAAGAAGUAGAGACUCAGCAAGUGAUGACAGUACAGCUAUUGUUAGCUACUCAUGCAUGAUAUUGAAAAGAUGAGUGGCUGUCUUGAACUGUGGUGUUUCACAAAGAUCUUUAAAUACAAUCUUCAUUGCUGCUUUUUCAGUCUGUGAUGAGUGUGCUUCUACCAUAAAUAUCAGUCUGACUAGGUAUGAGUAAUUACUUUCUAGGAUUAUGUUGUAGCUUUUAAAUUUUUUUCCCUUCCAUCCCAGGUGGCUGAGGCCUAUACAAUAUAUAACAAAAAAAAAAAAAAGAAAAUUUUUCUUAAGAAAAAUUAAGAGAACCUUCUCCAUACAAAACAGCUGUUUUCCUACUUUGAAGAACUGCUUCCACCAGAUUCUGCAGACAUGCUUUACUUCACUUGUAACAGGACAAAAGAAAAACCAGACUAUACUCUUAUUUUCUAGGGCUUGUUCUGUGUUCAGAUACAUUUCAGCCAGGUCCAGAUAACUGAUACAUGUAGAUAAUGCCAAUACAAAGCGAUUAUUCUUGAAAGGAAAAUGGAAGAAUAUGCAGGAUGGUGGCAAUACUGUGCAUGUUGAAUUAGCAUAGUUAUUGUGCAGCUUUUUUUUUAAAUUUGCCGUUAUCACUAAGCUUUUGUCUGUGAAACCUUAUAAGACAUUUUGGUUUUAGAUUUUUUUCUGAUUUGCUAGAGAAGUUCAUGAGAAGAUAUGAAAUGUUGACAUAGUUGUGUCAAAAAGCUGACCUCAGAAGAAGUGUUCAGAUUAUCCAAUGAUUUAUUUAUUGCUUUCAGAAAAUACAUCUGAUAUCUAAUGUUCACUAUGCCCUACAAAGCUGUACUGUAAUGAAAACCUAAGCUCCCGUGGUAUAUAUUUUGUAGUUUUCAUGCUGACAGUGUUUGUUUCUUUAUUUGCAUUUUGAGUUGUACAAUAAGUACAACUAUUUGGAAUGCAUAACAGGUAAGUUUGUUUUAAAGAAAUAUUUACUAAUAAAUUAAUUACAACUGUAUAAAAGAGCUCGUUCCCUGAGACACAAAACAUGCCUGUUCCCUUAAACAUGGUAGAUAGGUAGACAGAUAAUAAUGAGAAAUGAGACGUUUCUUGCAAGUGUCCACCCUUCAUCCCUCAACUAUCUUCUGCAGUGAGCUGGGUGGCAGUUCCCAAAAUUGUUCACACAGCCUGAGGUGGAUUUACAGUCCACGUGGCAUCUCAAAAAGUCAAGACCUGUGGGACUGACAACCCAGGAACAGCACUUACUAAUGGAAGACUGUAGAAACUGUGAGAUAGAAAAUAAAUGUUCAUUUGUGGGUGUUGAAGCAGCAUUUGCCACAAAGCACACUCCUGUGGUUAAUCAUGUAACUAUAGGAGUAGUGGGAGUAGAAAUAGUGUCUGAUUAACCAGUAUGUCAUAUAUUUUGAAUUUGAAUGGGAUUCAUGGCUUUUGUGUGACUUCAGGCAACACAAUAAACUGUAGGCUUUAAGUUGCUCUUUCAGAAACAUUCUUCAACUCAGAAGCACCUUGCAUUUUUCUUGCCUUUUAUUGCUGAUCCAGAUGCCACCCAGCUCAUUUUGGAAGACUGUGUCACUUGUAGGAGGAACGGGUCUGGUCAAUCCCCCAGUCCCUCACCAUACUCAAACAGGCCAAGUGUGUUUUGUGCAUCUCCACUUGCCUCCAGGGCCCUGAGGUUUCUAGAAGAGAGCACCAGUGUGAAUGUGUGCCUGGGCUCUCACCACUGUACAUCCAUGGUGAAGCUGGCUGCAAGCCCACAUCUGUUCAAGUAAUUCAGCUGCAUUUUGGGAUUGACUCCUUAGGAAAUGCAAAAGUUCUAGCUGACCUGCACUCCCAUUCCCCCUGCUUUGCUGGGAGGAGUCUCUGUGGCUUCUAAUUGUUCAGAUUUGGCUGUCAUUUACCUUGAAAGAUAAAAUAUUUACUGAUGGCUUAUGAAAUCUUUGGUCAUUUAAAAAAUAUUCCUGGUCAUUGUGACCAGAGAUGAAAGGACACACUGAUCCUCUGAUUUAUUUGAAUAAAUACAUAUAUGCCAUAUAUACAGGUUUUCAUUAGGUUGUUAAAUGGGCUUUGGUGCACAUGGAAUAUAAUAGCAAGGGGAUAUCUGUUUUUGUCUGCUGCCUUCAGGGGCAGCUGGAACCAGUGCUGAGGGAAGAGGAGGAACACUGUCAGUGUGUGAUAGUGACUCUGCUAAUUGGGCUGCUAUCAGCUAGAUAACAGUUUGGGUCAGGUGCCAGGUCAGCAUAACCUGGGCAAAAUCAACCUAAUCUAUGGCAGGACCAAAUAUCAUCAGCCAACUGUGACACAACCUAGGAAAUUAAGUAAUGUGUUUAUUGUAAAAUUAUUGUAAGCGAUCUAGUAAAAACUUAUUAGGGUAAGUUGAAACUUUUAAACAAUUCAGCAAAGGGCUUGAGAGAUAAUCAGUGAGAUGCCAAGGUAUGACUUGAUUUCUGUUAUUCCAUCUGAAGAGAAAGUAUGAUUGCAAAAAGGGAAGUGUUUACAUUAACUGAUAAAAAAAUUGAGAAUUCAGCAGAACACAGCCACGUGUUCCUGAGCUUUCUUCCAUAAAAGUCCCACCAUGUCUGGCACAGCCCCAUUCACCUUCACUAUGAGGGGGAUCAUACUUGCACUAGUGCUCACCCUUGUAGGUAGUCAAAAGUUUGACAUUGACCCUGGAUUCAGUAGCAAAAAGAGCUACUCGUACAGUUAUGAAGGCUGGGUGUUGAAUGGGCUUCAAGAAAAGAAUUUGGCCAAAGCCGGCGUGCGCCUGAGCUGCAAACUAGAGAUCAGCGGGCUGUCGGAGAACACCUACCUCCUCAAGAUCCGCUCCCCACAAUUCGAGGAAUACAAUGGCAUCUGGCCCAAGGACCAGUUCACUCGAUCUUCCAAAAUCACCCAGAUGGUUUCCUCAUGCCUUACCCGGCCCUUCAAGUUUGAAUACAGCAGUGGACGAGUUGGAAACAUUUAUGGCCCAGAAAACUGCCCUGAUACUUGCAUUAACAUAGUGAGAGGAAUACUGAACCUGAUACAGAUAACCAUUAAGAAGUCACAGAAUGUGUAUGAAUUGCAAGAGGCUGGGAUUGGAGGUGUUUGCCAUACAAGGUAUGUCAUCCAGGAAGACAAGAAGAACAACCGAGUCUCUGUUACCAAAACUGUAGACCAAAAUAAUUGCCAGGAAAAAGUGGUGAAAAGUCUUGGAAUGGCUUACAUCUAUCCCUGCCCUGUUGACAUAAUGAAGGAGAGGAUCAUCAAGGGCACUGCGGCUUUCUCCUACAAGCUGAAGCAGUCGGACAGUGGCACCCUGAUCACAGAGGUGGUGUCUCAGCAGGUGUAUCAGAUCUCACCCUUCAGUGAACCCACCGGCGUCGCUGUCACGGAAGCAAAACAACAACUCACCUUGCUGGAGGUGAAGAGUGAAUCGGGGAGCUCCCCAGACAUCUCCAUGCAGAGCUACGGAGGCCUUCGCUACCAGUUCCCAGCAGUACUGCCACAGAUGGCAGUGCAGCUCAUCAAGACCAAAAACCCUGAGCAACGGAUAAUUGAAACACUGCAACACAUAGUCCUGAACAACCAGCAAGAUUUCCAUGAUGAUCUUCCAUACCGUUUCCUGGAGCUCGUCCAGCUCUGCCGCACGGCAAGCGCUGACACCCUGGAGUCCAUCUGGAGGCAAUGUUCAGAUAAACCCCGCUACAGGCGAUGGCUGCUGAGCGCAGUCUCUGCGACGGGCACCGCAGAAGCUCUGAAAUUCAUUAAGAGCCGAAUCCGCAGUGAUGACCUUAGCUACCUUCAGGCUCUUCUGAGUGUUCCCUUUGCUCUCCAUCUAACAAAAGCUGAUGAACACACUGUUCCAAUAGCAGCAGAUUUAGUGACAAGUUCUCGAAUCCAGAAAAAUCCUGUGCUUCAACAACUUGCCAGCUUGGGAUACAGUUCUGUGGUGAAUAGAUACUGUUCUCAGAUUUCAGCUUGUCCUAAAGAAGCUCUCCAGCCCAUCCAUGACCUGGCAGACGAAGCAAUCAGCAGGGGCCGUGAGGACAAAAUGAAAUUAGCUCUGAAGUGCAUUGGCAACAUGGGAGAACCAGCCAGCAUCAAGCGCAUCCUCAAGUUCCUUCCCAUAUUUUCAUCCAGUGCUUCUGAUAUCCCCAUCCACAUUCAGAUUGAUGCCAUAAUGGCCUUGAGAAAAAUUGCUUGGAAGGACUGCAAAACAGUGCAGGGAUAUCUCAUCCAGAUCCUCGCUGACGAGUCGCUUUCCCCUGAAGUGCGGAUGAUGGCUUGUGCUGUUAUCUUUGAGACAAGGCCUGCCCUUCCCUUGAUAACAACCAUUGCCAACGUGGCCAUGAAGGAGAGCAAUUUGCAAGUGGCCAGUUUUGUGUAUUCCCACAUGAAGGCUUUGUCCAAGAGCAGGUUGCCAUACACGUACAACAUAUCUUCAGCUUGCAAUAUUGCCCUUAAGCUGCUGGCCCCCAAAUUGGACAGGCUGAGCUAUCGCUACAGCAAGGUCAUACGCAUUGGCGGUUACUUCGAAAACUAUAAAGUUGGUGCUGCUGGAGAUGUCCUCAUUAUGAACAGCCCAGGAACGAUGUUCCCAUCAGCAAUAAUUUCCAAGCUGAUGGCAUAUUCUGCAGGGUCAGUGGCUGAUUUGGUGGAGGCUGGUGUCCGCGUGGAAGGCCUCACAGAUGUCAUCGUGAAACGAAAUAUCCCAUUUGCUGAAUAUUCCACAUACAAAAAGAUAAAGGAGAUUGGAAAAGCUCUGCUGGGAUGGAAGGAGCUGCCAACAGAAACCCCCUUGAUCUCAGCCUACUUUAAACUCUUUGGCCAAGAGCUGGCCUACAUCAACGUCAACAAGGAAGUCCUACAACAGGCUGUGAAGGCUGUCCUGGAGCCCGCCGACAGGAGCGCGGUGCUGAAGAAGCUGGCCGGGCAGCUGCGCGGCGGCUCCGCGGCGCACUGGACACAGCCGCUGUGGCUGGGAGAGCUGCGCUACAUCGUCCCCUCCUGCACCGGGCUGCCCCUGGAGUACAGCUCCUACAGCACCGCCCUGGCCCGCGCCGCACUCAGCGUUGAUGGAAAGAUAGCUCCCCCUUUAACUGGAGAUUUUAGACCUUCACAAUUACUCGAAUCCACUGUGCAGAUUCGUUCUGACAUAAACCCCAGCUUAUACAUACAGAAAUUUGCAACAAUGGGUGUCAACACAGAAUACUUCCAACAAGCUGUGGAAAUUCAAGGCAAGGUCCUGACAAGAGUGCCAAUAAAGUUUGAAGCCAAGAUAGACCUGAAGCAGAAAAACAUUAAGAUUGAAACAAAUCCAUGCCGUGAGGAAACUGAGAUAGUGGUUGGAAGACAUAAGGCUUUUGCUGUAUCAAGGAAUUUAGGAGAGCUAGGUGUUGAAAAGAGAACUCCAAUUCUCCCAGGAGAUGCUUCAUCAAAUAUUGUCGAAGAACCUUUCAAACCAUCAGGUAGAGCUUCCAGUGAAGAUUUCACAAAGCCGGAAGCUGACAGCACGUCAAGGAAACAUGCCUACAGCUCUCAAGAGGAUCUUCGCCAUGUCACGGCAAAAAAAGCUCAUAAACGAGACAUUUGUGUCAAGCUGCAGCACCUUGGCUGUCAGCUCUGCUUUUCCAGAAGGUCGCGAGAUGCCAGCUUCCUGAAAAACACCUAUUUGCACAGACUCAUUGGAGAACACGAAGCUAAAAUUGUCUUGAUUCCAGUUGAAACAGAUGCUGAUCUUGACAAAAUCCAGCUGGAGAUUCAGGCAGGAUCCAAAGCAGCUUCCAAAAUAAUUAAUGAAGUAAACUCAGAGUCGGAGGAAGAGGGUGAAUCAACUCUGUAUGAGGACAUUCAAGCUAAACUGAAGAAGAUUCUAGGCAUUGAAAGUGUCUUCAAGAUCGCAAAUAAAACACGACACCAGAAGAAGCAACCUUCAAAGAAAGAAAAUACUGUGCUUACAGAGCUUGGGGCAGACCCCGAUAGAAAACAUCCCUCCAGCUCAUCUUCUGCCUCCUCAGCUGUCUCCUCUUCCUCAUCAUCUGCUGUAUCUCCUCGUCGUAAAGAGGCUGGUGAUGAAGAUGAGAAUAAGGACGAAGACCAAGCGAGAAAAAAAGAUACAAGCAGCAAGAGCAGCAGCAGUAGUGGCAGGAGCAGCAAGAGUAGCAGCAGCAGCAGUGACAGAAGUAGCAAGAGCAGUAGCAGUGGCAAAGACAGCAAGAGCAGCAGCAGCAGCAGUAAAAGCAGCAAGAGUAGCAGCAGAAGCAGCAAGAGCAGCAGCAGUAGUAGCAGUGACGGAAGUAGCAAGAGCAGUAGCAGCAGCAGUAGCAAGAGCAGUAGCAGCAGCAGUGACAGAAGUAGCAAGAGUAGCAGUAGCAGGAGCAGCAGCAGCAGUAGCAAGAGCAGUAGCAGCAGCAGUGACAGAAGUAGCAAAAGCAGCAGCAGCAGUAGCAAGAGCAGUAGCAGCAGAAGUAGCAAGAGCAGUAGCAGCAGCAGCAGCAGUGACAGAAGUAGUAAGAGCAGCAGCAGAAGUAGCAAGAGCAGUAGCAGCAGCAGCAGCAGUGACAGAAGUAGUAAGAGCAGUAGCAGCGGCAAAAGCAGCAGUAGCAGCAGCAGCAAGUCAUCAAGUCAUCAUAGUCAUGGGCAUCACUCAAGGCAUGUGAAUGGCAGCAGCAGCAGCGAGUCACUGAGCCACCAUAGCCAUGAACAUCAUUCCAAACAUCUGGAAGGUGGCAGCAGCAGCAGCAGUGCAUAUUCCAAAAUAUGGGAAGCUCAUGAGAUUUAUCAGUACCGCUUUAAAUCAGCACGCAAACAAGAGUUCCCAAAAAGAAAACUCGCAGAUGACCAAAUCAGCAGCUCACAUUCCUCUGCUAGAUCCAGUCAUGCCACAUCUCGAGCUUCAUGGCCGAAGUUUUUGGGAGAUGUUAAAACACCAGUAUUAGCAGUUUUCCUGCAUGGCAUCCGUGAUGAUAAGAAGGUAGGAGGCCUCCAGCUCGUGGUGUAUGCUGAUAUUGACUCCAUCAGGCCCCGGAUGCAGGUGUUUGUCUCAAACCUCACAGAUUCAAGCAAGUGGAAGCUCUGUGCUGAUGCUUCAGUCCACAAUGCUCACAAGGCAAAGGCCUACCUGAAAUGGGGACGCAAUUGCCAGGACUACAAGGUUUCAUCUGAGCUGGUAACUGGGCAGUUUGCUGCCCACCCUGCUGUACAAGUGAAACUGGAGUGGCCUAAAGUUCCUUCCAGUGUCAGAUCUGUAGCUGAAUGGUUUUACAAGUUUGUCCCUGGGGCUGCAUUUAUGCUGGGGUUCUCUGAAAAAACAGAGAAGAAUCCUUCUCGACAAGCCAGGGUGAUCGUGGCUCUAACUUCUCCAAGGACAUGUGAUGUUGUUGUCAAGCUUCCUGAUAUUACCCUCUAUGAAAAAGCCAUGAGGCUUCCCCUGUCACUUCCUGUAGGUCCAAAGAUAUCAACGUCAGAGGUGCAGCCUCCCACCUGGAAUGUCUUUGCUGAAGCCCCUUCUGCAGUGCUUGAGAAUUUGAAAGCUCAAUGCUCAGUUUCCUACAACAAGGUCACAACUUUUAAUGAAGUUCGGUUUAACUACACAAUGCCAGCAAACUGCUACCACAUCUUGGCUCAGGACUGCAGCUCUGACCUUAAGUUCCUGGUGAUGAUGAAGAAUGCAGAAGAAGCUGUGAACCUGAAAGCAAUCAACAUCAAGCUUGGCAAUCAUGAGGUCGACAUGCGCCCUGCCAGUGGACGGGUGAAGCUGCUGGUGGAUGGGGCUGAGAGCCCAACAAAUGUGUCACUGACAUCUGCUGGUGCUUCUCUGUGGAUCCACAGUGAAAAUCAAGGGCUUGUACUCCUCGCCCCAGCCUAUGGCAUUGAUAAACUGUACUUUGAUGGAUACACAUUCAGGAUCCAAGUUGCUUUAUGGAUGGCAGGGAAAAUGUGUGGACUGUGUGGAAAAUAUGAUGCAGAACGUGAGCAGGAAUAUCGGAUGCCAAACGGAUACAUAGCUAAAGAUGCAGUGAGCUUUGGGCACUCUUGGAUUUUGGAAGAAAGGCCUUGUAGAGGAGCCUGCAAGCUGCGGCACUCCCUGGUGAAGCUGGAGAGGCCGGUGCAGCUGGCCGGCGUGGAGUCCCGCUGCUACUCCACGGAGCCCGUGCUGCGCUGCACCAAGGGCUGCGCCCCGACCCGCACCGCCCCCGUCACCGUGGGCUUCCACUGCCUCCCUGCCGAUUCAGCCACCAGCCUGACAGAAAAGCAGACAAAGUUUGACCAGAAGUCAGAGGAUAUGCAGGACACUGUUGAUGCACACAUAGCAUGUUCUUGUGAGGAUAUAAACUGCAGCUCAUGAAGCUGUACCUUUGCAGUAUAGGAGAAAACAUAAAACUUUCAUGUUUUUAUUGUAUGGUGUAAAAAACCUUGUCUUAAGGAAUAAUAGAUACUAAAUUAAGUAUUCAAGGAUCUUGUAUGUGGAAUCUUUCCAAGUAAUUUAAAGUAUUAAACUUCAUUAUUGUAGAAA